AUGUUAUUAACCGUAAAAGAAAGACCGAUUAGGAAGGUCCCGGAAGUGACAUGGCUCGCCCGCAUCCAUUCCUUAAUCGUCGCCUGCGCAUACUAUUUACUUGUCAAACAUGUCACUAGUGUCAGCGCUGUCAGCCGAAUCAUGAGUGGACAGUAUUUGUUUGUGUGGUUUGUGGGGGUGUGCUGCUGGCUAACUGCGGCUGUGCCGCGGGGCGACCAUGGUGAAUUGAAGCUAUUUGCGCCGGUAUCCUACGAUGUCGAAACCACUGUACUCCUGAAUGAUGUCACGCGUAAGGACAAGGAGGUCGGUUACAAGAUCAAAGCGAUUUUGGACUUGGCUCCUGUAUGGUCGAACCAACAAACUGAGUUCUUUCUCAAGUUCGAUCUGCGUUCGCCCAAAUUAUAUCUGAGAGGCAAACAUGUGAAUGCUGAUUUUAUGCCAUAUGACUCAGUAUGGGACUCAUACAAGGAUUCCACAUUUUAUGCUCACUGGAAGAACGGAGAAGUCUCAUCAAUUUAUGUGGAUCCUGAAGAAUUAUUGGAUGUAGUUAACUAUAAGAAGUCCUUGGCCAGUCUACUUCAGUUCCAAAUAUUGGAUGGUGAGUACAACGAGACUGAUGUAUCAGGCCCAUGUGUAGCACUGUAUGAGACUAUAUCGGACAGCGUAUUUAGGAAAAUUAAGCGCUCGUGCAUAGAAGACAUUGACAGCACAGUAAUCGAGGCACGUCGUAUAACCCGCUAUACUCUAAAUCCUAAAUUAAACGGCGUAGAUGCGCUGUACGCUGAUGAACUUGUAACACUUGGAGAUCCUACUCUCGGGAUCAAGGCCCGGGCAUGGACUCGUCUGGAACGCCGCGUGGAAUCUCCAAACUUGCCAUCCCGAGCUAAUACGUUGUCCAUUGCGCUUCAAGCGCUUCCUGCAGCUUUAAAGCCGCUGCCGUUAACGCUCGCUUCUGCCGGCUCUGAUGCAGGGGACGUGCUCAGCGAUGAGGAACUGUUCGCUUCUCUGGAGAAAAUUGGUCAAAGCGACAUCCCCGAAGCUGGUUCUCGUGAAGCAGAGGAAGCAGCUGAAGCUGUGCUUCGUGUACUACCUACACUUCGCGCUGCUACGGCGCAGCGCUUGGGCGUGUUAUUGGAACAUCCUGACGUGCAUUCUCAUCUGUCGGUGCUUUGCCGCCUUCUGGGAUUGGCUGGCACUCGUGCAGCGUACACGGCUGUGAGUGAAUUCGUGCAGAUCAGUGGCGAGGACCCUAUACAGCACCUGUCCGCUGAGUACCUCGGUGCGUUCUCACUAGCGCUGGAUCCUGAUGAGUCUGUGGUACUGGAUGUGCUGCGUUUGGGCGAGGAGGCACGUUCAGAGCCCGUAGCUGACAGCGCACUGCUGGCCGCUGCUGCAGCCGCUUACCGCGCUUCAUCAGCUGGUGCUUCGACGCUUUCGCAAGCGGUCCGAGAUGCACUCGCGCGCUCUCUCGCACGGUGUAAGGAUGACCAGUGCCGCACGGUGCGGUUACAGGCGGUCGGCAACUUGCACCGCGAGGACACCGCUGACUUACUGCUAGAGCACGCUCUUCGCGGUGUAAGCGGCGCGGCCGGGGCUGGAGACGCGGCGCUUGCAGCGGUGGACGCUUUAAGCGUUGCGCCUGAACGUGCGCUUACGUUCUCUCGCCUCGACCGUCUCACGGAGUUGGCUUUAGACGAACGCGCACCGCUUGAACUGCGCGCUGCGGCACUAGACCUAGUAGUACAAAACCGCGCACAUUUACCAGUACCGCUCGCCCGCGUCGCUCGUGUAUUAUAUGAGCGGGGCCCUCACGAGCUGCGACGCGUGCUAUGGCAGCGCAUGGCCGCCCUCAUGCCUGAGCACGAAGACUUACGGCGUCUACCUUCUAUGUUGAAACCUGUACUACGCGGUUGGGAUGCGCAGGCACAUUCUGGUACAUCAUCUGUGCUGGUACGUGAGACUGGAUGGGAGGGAGCCGGCUGGCGCGGCGUUCUGGAGUCGGUGCAGGUGGCCCGCGGGGGCCUGCUGCGGCGCGGGGUCACGUCUCUGCGCGCGCGCGACUCGCGAGGUCAUAGUGUGGACGCGCUCACCGUGCGCGUGUUCACGCGCGGCCUUGAGGCUUUCGGAGGAGGCGACGCGGAGACCAGCCCGGAGGGGGAGGACGCGCCGCCCGCGGAGGGAGCCGUCGGUGGCCUCGCGCUUAGCGUAGGCGGAGCGCGUAUGCGUGACGUCACACUUUUCAAUGGACAGGCUGAACUGCUGGGUCACGUGUGGGCAGGUACGGCCAGUACGCCCACCGCCGUGCUGCGUGCGCUGCUGCCGCUGACGGCGCUCGCCAGCGCUUCACCGCUGCACGCUGGGGUACGCCUGCGCACCCGCCACUCCGCCGCGCUACAGCUAGCGUUGGAUGCGUCCGCGCACGUGUCGCUCUGGUACCGAACUGCCCGUGGAGAGCUAGCCUUACGUGCCGCUGCGGCCGCUUACACCAGCGCCACCUUACAGACUGCGUGGGGCUCCGUCACGGCCAACGCGACUACGACUGUAGCGCCUCGUCUUCGCAUCGGCGCCGAUCUGGACUUCUACUCCACCGUAGCACUCUGCGUACGUACACGGACCGACGAGCACGUGCGUCGCCGACGUGUUAUGCUCGCAUCGCAUCAAGGCGUACGUCGACACACGGUGAGGCGGACACGGACGGAGGAGCGGCGAGUGGCGGGACGUACGCUGGCCCUGGGCCGCCCCAACGAUGACACGUGUCGCACGUUGCGUUCCGGGGACGACGACGAUGCAGGCGCCGGAGCUUAG